AGCGCGGAUACUACCGUGCCUCGCUCGGUUUGUCCCGAUUCCUUGGGGGGUGCGCGCACGUGCGUAUACCGGGCACGCGUACGCGCAAGCGCACCCCGUACGCUCGCCAAUCGUACCUGAUAACGGCGGCAACAACCACGCAACACUCUCAGUUAUGCCUAGUGCGGCACGGCGUCGCGACGCGGCCACACGAUCCUUCGAUCGACCGACUGGACGAUUUGCUCGUUCGUGUUUCACCGGCGGACCGCGGUGAAGAAAAACCGGAGGGACGUGCGUUUGUUCAUCCGUUCGCGCCGAAUUUUUCGUUUCGUUUCGAUCGGCAAUGAGACAACGCGGCGGCUCGUUCGACUCGAGGCGACGACAUCGAUCGCGCGAGUACCGUGUCGAGCAACGUCGAGCGGUCAGCCGUUGCUAAACGAAACGUCCUGAGCGUACAGCUGUUUGUAGCUGUUGGCGCGUUCUUUUCGGCUUAUUAGAACACAACUGCGUCAGUCGACAGUCGUUUAGAAUAGCCGAUCAACUCGUAGCCGAGAACUGUGGAACGGCCAACAUGCGCGUAGUUUUAGUUCGUCGAGGGGAUCUUCGAGUUCGAGUUCUCCUCUGACGCGACCAAAGAGAAAGAAAAAAAAAAAAAUAAAAUAUUUUGUUAACGCGAGUCGAACGGAAACGGAAUAAUCUAGUCCGUGUCCAAAGUGGAAUACUUCGUGCCGAUCGAAGAAGAAUGUAGAUAACACUUUAGGUCGCCGAUUCUUUCGAUCCGAUCAGUUCGGGGAAAAUAUCGUGAAUAUCGCGAGUGGAAACAAAAAAUGUGGCUGCUUCCGUUGUUGUUGGCGCCGAUGUUGGGCACGCUCGCCUCCGAGCUCUACUUUCCGCAGUCGAACUUGACCGUGAGGAUACCGUAUUUUUCGCGAGACGGCGAACGAGGACUCUCGCGGAGGUUGAAGUUGCUCGAGCUGAGGACGCUUCGAAACGACUCGACGGAGCCGAGCCAAGCGAGCUACCGCGUCGUCACCGUGCCCCGCGAGCCGCUCGUUUCUAUAGAUCCUGAAACUAACAGCCUGUUCCUGCACGGACUCUCCGACGAAGGUACGUCUUCCCGGUCCGACACGAUCGUCGUCCUGGCGAAACAGGAGCGUACCAACGAAGCUGUCCUGGAGAUCACGGUGAAACCAUUGCGCGUUAACGCGACGACCAUCAAUUGCGCCGACUACGUUCAGGACAUGUGCUUCUGGAACACGUCGAGGUAUCGGAUCUACGAGAACCAGCCGAUCGCAAUGAUCGGCACCUUCGGACCCGGCAUCUAUACGGACCUUUGUCCCAGCUUUCGCGUCACCGGCUACAAGCUGUUAAACGGCACGGAGUACUUUCACGUGUCCAACGACACGCUGUUCGCGAACGCGUUUCUGGACAGGGACUCGUUGGGCCCAGCACCGGGAGGGCCCGGGCCGCGAGUCGCCGUUCAAGUUCAAUGCGUCGUCUGGGAGGAGAUCACCGGGGUCCAGUACGCGCCGAUCGACACGUUGCGCAUCGAUGUUCUGGAUCAAGACGACAAUCCGCCGAUGGCGCAGGGCAAUGACUCAGUCGACGUGAGUCUCGGGGAGUUUACCGCGGGUGACAAGCUGGUCGACGACAACAAGCUGAUACUAAAGGACGCGGACACGGAGUACAGCAACCGCUACAACGUCGUCAUACACGGGGACACCCACAACGCCUUCAACAUCUCUUACAACACGUUGCCGAUCGAGGGUUCCGAAGGAAUACCUUACACCGCCAUAUUUAUGAAAAUUUUCGCAAAGACCACUCUUCUGCCAAAGUCGCCGUAUCGCGUGAUACUUCAGGUGAAGGACGAGUCUCUGAUUGCAGGAUACGGGGAAAACACGUUGAACAUCACGGUGACAUUCCACGGGCCGGAGCAUCGCACCACCACGACCACCGUGUCGCCGACGUCGUCCGGCAAACAACAGUCAUUCUCGUACCCCUCGGGCGUAAAGGUCGCCCGACUAGCGCCUCGUUACACCCGAGUCGCGAAACCGAGCACCGAGCCGCAACCAUCGCUCAUUUUCAGCGUUCACGGGUCGAGCGCGUUCGCCGUCACCCAUAAAGGUGGCAUCGUCUACGUCGCCGAUGAGGACUUGCUGAGGACAGAGUCGACAAACUUGGUGCUCAAGGUCAAGUGGAGCGCGAAGGAUCGCGUCGUUUCCUCGAGGACGAUCAAGGUCAACGUGAGCAACGUGCCAGCGUCGAAGGUGGACGCGUGCAGCCACGGCAAGAUCGGCCGAAUGCACUCGUGCGCCAACGCGGAAACACCGGAGGACUGCGAGUCCAGCUGCGGCGUCGCCAGUGGAUUUUACAGCAAAGGCAACUUCUCCGGUCAGUGCGUGUGGAGAUGGAACAAACGCUCGAACCAAGCCUCCAUCAUGUCCGAAUAUUAUCCGACCUGUUCCCCUAAUUUGUCUCACUGUCCCGACAACCAGUGCGACGAACUCGAACUGUUGGAUCGUCGCAUCUGUCCUCAGGAUUGCACGGAAGAAUCGGACGUCCACUUUGCUCACAUAAACAAGAACGGACGGGGGAUCAAGAGCGGUUUGGGAACCUGCGCGUGCAACGACGUGCUGCAGUGCACUUGCAACGUGGAUCGUUUCCGCGUCCGACACGAGAAUCCCGCGAGGGCCAACAAGGAGGGGAAAGAAGGCAAAGAGAGGAAGUCGCAGAACGAGGAGAACGAGAUUUUGAUAUCCGGUGCCCGAAAAGCGUCUCACGGACCGUGCGGACCCAUUUGCAUGAUAGGCGUGAUCGGAGGCAGUUUCUUCGUACUGAUAGCGAUCGUUGGCUCUUUGGUCACGUCGAGAUACAGGCUGGCCGCGAAGGAGGCUCGACGAGACGGCAAACGCAGGGUCGACGGCGUCGACUCGAACGUAAUCGGCAUAUUAUCCUCGGACUACGUCGACCGAGGCGACGGUUUGCUCAUCGGCUUGGACACCUUCACCGCGGCGAAUCGUCAUCUUCUUCUCCCUAAAACGUGUCCGCCGGACCCGAAGUGGGAGUUUCCACGGGAACGAUUGACCAUCAAGCAAGUACUUGGCGAAGGUGAAUUCGGCCGGGUGUUGCGCGCCAAAGCGAUCGACAUCGCGGGGAUCGCAGGGCCGACGACGGUCGCGGUGAAAACUCUGAAGGAGAACGCCUGCGCCUCUGAACUGGCCGACCUGUUGUCUGAGUAUCAGUUGCUGAAAGAAGCUCAGCACCCGAACGUGAUCAGGUUGUUAGGUGCCUGCACCACACCCGGCGCCCCGGUUUACCUCAUCAUCGAAUUCGCAGAAUUUGGCUCUUUGCGGAAUUACUUGAGGCGCAGCCGACACUUGGAAUCCGGAAUUAGAAGCGACGGUUGCACGUCCUUGUCCAACGUGGUUGCCUGCGAGGAGGAGGGGACACGGCCCGUGUACACGGUCACGCCGCGCGACAUUCUCUCGUUCGCUUGGCAGAUCAGCAAGGGAAUGGCCUAUCUCGCCGACAUCAAGCUGGUUCACAGAGAUCUUGCGGCGAGGAACGUGCUGCUCGCGGCCGAGAAGGUCUGCAAGAUCUCGGACUUUGGGCUGACAAGGGACGUUUACGAGGACGACGCCUACUUGAAGCGCAGCAAAGGACGAGUGCCGGUAAAAUGGAUGGCACCUGAAUCGCUAGCGGAUCACGUCUACACCAGCAAGUCGGACGUUUGGAGUUUCGGUGUUCUUCUUUGGGAGUUGGUCACUUUGGGCGCGUCCCCCUAUCCAGGCGUGGACGUGCACAAUCUCUACAAUUUACUCAAGGCAGGAUACCGCAUGGAGAGACCGGCAAACUGUUCGCAACAAUUGUACAAGCUGAUGACGUCGUGCUGGCAUCAAGAACCCGCAAUGAGGCCAUCCUUCAAGGAACUUGUCAGCCAUUGGGAGAAGAUGCUGGAGGACAGCAUCGAGUAUUUGGAUCUGAACCCGAGGACCGUUCACAAUCAGGCCUACUUUGCUUUGCUUCACGCGUUGGACAGUCCAUGCAGUACGUACAGUUCUGGCAACGACGGCACGACGGACGAUGUUUGCGAGAUCGAUACUCUGAGAACCGACGUGGUCAACUAUCUGGAGAGACCGUGUUCCGACCUGGUGACCAAAUGUGAUAAAGUCGACAAACUCCAUGCCCUCUGGCAGGAAUCCGCGGCUAUUUUCCCCGAGGAAUCGGUCAAACUGUACGUGAACGAUCGGUCACCGAGUUUUCCCGUUGGCCACUACGAGAGUCCUAUCAAGUUCAGAAACACAAGCGUCGCCAGCAACAGCGACAACGAUCUAGUCACGCCGACCAGCCAACGUCCGGCGCAAUCCUACAUCGACAUGGAGGGCAAGAAAUCCUCGCAGACAGAGGCGGAGAUAGAAUCGGAACCGGAAGCGGAGGAGUUACUUGUCUUUGCCAAUGGAAACGACAACGGUGAUCAACAGGCUCGCUCUAACUGAAAAUCGAUUGCCCGCGAGAAAAUCAGAGAUCCUGAAGAACGGACGAUUUCGAUGACGAUAACUCGUGCCUUUCUUUUCUUUUUUUUUCAUUUUUCGUUCGACGUGAAUAUCGUCGAGUGAACGACGACGGUUGUGAGCUACGAACAGCUUUGAUACUGUUUUCCUUUCUUCCUGUUAGGUGUACGUACGUGUCGCACGUAAGAACACAAAUCGAUGCACCUUGCAGGCGGACAAACACCCAGAUAGCGUAUCCGAAUCCAAAUAGAUCGAUACGCUUGUUUAAGAGGCAAGAACGCGAUCGGUGGAACGGGAAUCGACACGCUGCUGCAUUACAUUUUCUCACGCAAGUCGUCAGAUUCCUGUUCAACUAGUUUAUUUAAUUUAGUUUCUCGUGUUGUCAGUUUGUAUGCUCUUGGAUCUUUUUUUUUUUUUUACGACGGAGAACGUUCGAUUCGAACUAACAGGAAUUCUCCACAUUUGUUUCGUCAUCUGAAUUCCAACGAGACAAAGUAAAUGGCUUCCCGUUAACACGAGCCACCCUUAACUUCCUAGUAAUUGACUAACGUCCAAUUAACUCUGCAAACGACCUUUGGUAAUUUCGCCAUCGAUUGCGUGACAAGUCGUUGAAAGAGAAAAACAAAA